ACAGAACGCACUCCAAUUUUAGUGUCGGAUCGUUUGACCACGGAGAAACGUACAGCGGCUAGCUUGGGGUGAUCAGAUAAGAAGGUGGCUCAUGUGUUUCUGCAGCCAGGUGCCCAUCCUGCCAGGAUGUUGAGGAGGAGCAGCCUGUGCCUGGAAGAGUUGGAUCAAAAGCAAAAUGACCCUCAGUGAUAUUUAAUACUUCUGCAGCGUCGCUGAGCUCAGGUGCCAUCGCAGAUGUUCUCCAUUUCAACUACUGACAGAGGGAUGUUUGUGCACGAAUGCUGAGAUGACUGGGAUAAUAGGAAUGCAACAAGAUUCAGUUUAAUGUGGACCAUUUUUGAAAAGAUAAAGUCCACCUGGUGUCUCCACUCCUUCAGCAGCCAUGGCUCUGUCUGUAUCUGGAGGGACCGUGUUCACAGUUCUCCUCAUUUGCAGGUUGUUAGAGAGUUCGUUGCUCAAUGCAGAAGUGAAGGAAGGAGAGAUUCUGCCUCCUACCAUUCAGAGGCUGAUGAAAGGAUACAACAAGUACCUCAGGCCUUUCUUUGACAAUGGUCCAGUAACAGUGGGCAUGAGCCUGGACAUCGCCAGCAUUGACACCAUCUCAGAGAUCAACAUGGACUACACCGCCACCAUUUUCCUCCGCCAGCGCUGGACAGACGAGCGCUUGGUGUUUGAAGGCAACAAGAGCCUGAGUCUUGACGGGCGACUUGUGGAGCUCCUCUGGGUUCCCGACACCUUCAUCGUGGACUCCAAGAAGUCCUUCCUUCACGACAUCACUGUGGAGAACAGACUGAUCCGCAUCUUCCCCAACGGGACCGUUCUCUACGCGCUGAGGAUUACCACCACUGUGGCCUGCAACAUGGAUCUGACCAAGUACCCCAUGGACAAGCAGACGUGCACGCUACAACUGGAGAGCUGGGGUUACAACAUUAACGACGUCAUGUUCUACUGGACCAGAGGAAAUGAGUCUGUCAGUGGUUUAGACACCCUGCAGCUGGCUCAGUACACAGUGGAGGACCACUACACAUCUGUCUCAGAGGCCAUCUAUGAAACUGGCCGUUACCCUAAGCUGGUCUUCCACUUUGAGCUGAAGAGGAGCAUCCUCUACUUCAUCCUGGAGACAUAUGUCCCCUCGAGUCUGCUGGUGGUCCUCUCAUGGGUUUCCUUCUGGAUUUCCCUGUCCUCGGUUCCAGCACGGAUUUGUAUAGGAGUGACCACGGUGCUGACCAUGACCACGCUGAUGAUGGGAGCCCGGACGUCACUGCCCAACGCCAACUGCUUCAUCAAGGCCAUCGACGUUUACCUGGGAAUCUGCUUCAGCUUCAUCUUCGGGGCGCUCAUCGAGUACGCUGUGGCCCACUUCUGCACCCUCACACACAGCGACGCACACAUGCUCAUGUACGGCCACCACAUGCAUGACUUCGAUGAUGAAAUGAACGGCAUCGUCACCACCAUCUCCACUCACUCCAGAGCCAAGAGACGCAAGGAGCCUGCUGCAACUCCUCCCUCGGUUCCUGCCUCCACAGAACUCACUGUCAGCCCCUCCAGCCCCUCGGGCAGUGAGCCCAAGCCCGAGGCGUCGCCUCCAGAGGCCACCAACUGGUGCCUCACUGCUCUGGCCACCGUCCGCAAAGUGCUCCGCUCCAUAAACUGCUGUCACGUGGAGAACCCCCACCACAUAGACAACUACUCCAGAGUCACCUUCCCCCUGUCUUUUGUCAUUGUUAACCUGCUCUACUGGACAUAUUAUCUGUACUUCUAGCAUUUGCUCGGGUUCAGUGUGUGUCCCAGAGAGUGUGAGACAGAGAGUGUGUGUAGACAAGAAGUGUACUUUACUGUAUGUGUCAUUUAGGUGUGUUCUGAGACGAGUGUGUUUAAUUUCUACGUUUGGGUUUAUGAGCAAAGUAGCAUACUCAUAUAGGGUUGUUUUUGGGAAGAACUAAUGCUUAUGAUUGCAGCUCCAUUUUUUUCAUGCACUCAAAUAAGCCUUUGCUUUAGAUUGAAUACAGCUGGCUUUAUUAAAAACAGCCGGCCUAUCUGACACUGAUUUGAUCAAAUCUGAUACACAAGAAAAACACGGCCAGUCUGCAUCUUUCUUGCUAUAGUACAUUUAGUGUCUCAGGUUGUUAUUGUCUGACACAGAGAAGAUGGAGCUGUAAUUCAAGGCUUUAUGACAGAAUUUACUGGCAUUGUCAGGGAGACAGUGAAUGCCUGUUCCACUUUGAUUCUCUGCUAUGAUGGACUGAUCACUGAUACUUUACAACUUUUGCCUGCAGGUGCAACAUUUAAAGUGAAAAAGGAAAAAUGUGGAUUGCAGAGGAGUGGAGGGAUGUGGAAAAAUAACUCAACGCCGGAGAGUGUAUUAAAAAUUAUGAACCGGUCUCCCAAGGACGAUCACUUCUGCUCGCUGUUGAAAUCUUUCUUCUGUGUCCUUCUGUGAGUUAUUUUUAAUUCAGACAGCAAUACUGUCUUUGUUUUACUGUCUCUGUGUUUAUUUUUUCAUUGACACUAUAAAUGUAGUGGCCUUUGAUCCCUUCACUUGUAUUCUGGAAAUCUGGCCUCCAUGUAACAGUACUGUGGCACUCGUCAUCACACAAAUCUGCUCUGCUGUUUCACAAGGAAGGCAACUUGCACACCUAACUAAUGCAACUCCAAAGUGUUCAACAUUAAAGGAAUAAAUAAUACAUUAUGACAUUAAUAAUCAGGUUAAUAAAUGAUUCUAGUUCUGGGACAUUAGCCCCCUCACCUCUCUUAGCGUUUGGUGUGCAGCAGUGUUUAGGUGGUGCUACAUGUCAAAGUAACAUCCAGAUGAAUGAAGGAACACUGGAUUGUAACCAGAUAAUCAGUGUUAUUGGUUUUAAUGUUGUGGCUGAUCAGUGUGUGUUCCUCAGAGACACACACACGUUUGUGAGGAACUAACUAGCUGGCAGCUGUGGCAGGUGAGGUGGGGGCCUGUGACUGGCUGAACAGUGAGGGGGUGGUGAUAAAACACGACUUACUCUUUACAUGACUUGUGCCGUAUUCUAAUGAAAUCCAGUAUAUGCAGCGUGUCUCUCUCUGUGGGCUGCAGGUAGUGUUUCUCACUGUGCUUUUGUAACACACACAGCAGUAGGCAGACCUAGACGUGUUAGACAUUGUAGAGUGAUUUGAAUAUCGAAUGAAAUGGCCGAAAUAUUUCAACAGGAUGUCAUCAUCUGUGCAUUAUCCCAUCUGUGGAGAAAUGCCUGGAUGUGCUACGCUCGAGGUAUCGCUCCUUUCCUCGGUUUUUUAAGCUGUUGUCAUCUUCUGCUUUGUGAGUGUCAAGUGUUUGAGUUCAGGUGAUUCAGUAUGUUUGCUACCAGUGACGUGAACCAAAGAACCAAAGAUUCCAGUUUGAUUUCACUGAUCCUCUUGGUUUCCCUUUAGUUCUUCAGCUAGAUUUUAAUUGCAUUUUCAAAUGUUAAUGUCAUGUUUGUUAUUCAUAGGAGAACUCUGAAAUAGCAUGCAGUCAAUGAGCAGAGGAACAUGACACUUCAUAUUUCAGAUGGAAAACAGGAUCCAGUUGAACAACAGAGAUGCAUGUUUAUUUAUUGCUGUAUUCAAUAUUGCUGUUACACACUCUCAUUUAAAUGGAAGCUGAAUUUAAUGGUCCAUUUAAGCCAUAAUGCUUAAAGUCACAGAGGUUCCAUUUUUAAAAACUACCUUUCGAUGUGUAUUGAACAUAAUGGCAAGCUAAACUGUCAGUAUCGACGUAUGCUUCAUUGCCUUUUAAACUGUUUAUGUUUCGCUGCACUGCUUCUCAUGUUUUAUUCUGUUUUUUAAUAUGCCAUCAAACAUCCUGACUGCUCUCUCUGCCUGCCGAUUAUAGAAAAGUAAAGUAGGAUUUACUUUUGUUUCUGUUCUUCCUGCAUGAUUAUCAAGUGUAACUUUAGUUUCUUCUGCUUUGUUUGAUUUUGUUUUUGAUUCAACAUGAUGGAGAGGAAUCAUCAUAAAUGCUCAGCUGAGGCUUUUGAAAGGAUUAAAUGUAUAUUUUGAAUUGUUAUGAUGCCACUUUAAGGUCGUCUGGGUCCUACAGAUGCAGGAUGUUCAAACUUCUGUUCUCAUUUUCAGCUUUUGAACUUUAUUCUUUGAAAGGAUGAGUGAUCAGUGACACUGUUCAUUUGCCACUGACUGAGCUGCGUCUGCUCUGUGGACGUCAGUGAGCACUGACCCGUCGACUUUUAUACAAUAUUGCACCAUGGUUGUAGUUUUGAUAGUUAUCCUCUCAGUAAAUAGUAUAUAAGUAGUGAAAGCCAGAAUGGAGCCAAAGAGCCACAAGAGCAACCACUCAGCUUUCUGUCAGUGUGGGUGCAAACAGGACGUUUCUUUUCACCCAGUGAUGAAGUUGAUUCAUACACAAGGCUCAAAAAUAUCACCUGUCCUUCGGCUCCACUCACACUACUCCAUCAUCAGGGCUCGUUCGCUCUGAUUGGACAGCAGUUUGGAUGGAAACAGAAAAAGAAAAUUACUGGCAACAUUGCCAGGACGUAUUUGAAGCAACUUUUCAGCAACUUUUGGGCAACUUUGGGAAAAUGGCCACUAUUGGACUGCCCUUUCUUUUCCUGUUGUGAGGCAUGUGAAAUCAUGUCUCAAGGUGACGUUGGCUAACAACCUCACAGCUCCCUGGACAUCUUCAUGUGAAAUGUAUUUAUAUACUGUAACACCAUGCUAAUAUAGGCAUCGGUUUGCUUAACCUGUAAAUAAAUAGUAAUACUAUGCAUGUUUAUUAGGUGUAUGAAUAUGAAUGAUAGCAAUAAAAGAGGUUUAACGUC